AAUUUAAUUUACGUGCCUGUUUCGGAGAGGGUAAGAGAGGUCGGGCGAAGAUGGUGUCGUUGAAGUUGCAGAAGCGGCUCGCCGCAAGCGUGCUCAAUUGCGGAAGAGGAAAGGUCUGGCUUGAUCCCAAUGAAGUCAAUGAAAUCUCCAUGGCUAACUCCUGUCAAAACAUCCGGAAGUUGGUGAAGGAUGGGUUUAUCAUCAGGAAGCCAACUAAGAUCCACUCCAGGUCUCGUGCCCGCCGAAUGAAGGAAGCCAAGAGAAAGGGUCGCCAUUCUGGAUAUGGUAAACGUAAGGGUACUAGGGAGGCUAGGUUGCCCACUAAAAUUCUUUGGAUGAGGAGGAUGAGAGUGCUUAGGCGUUUACUUCGCAAGUACAGAGAGGCUAAGAAGAUUGACAAACACAUGUACCAUGAUAUGUACAUGAAAGUUAAGGGAAAUGUCUUCAAAAACAAGCGUGUGCUGAUGGAAAGCAUCCACAAAUCAAAGGCAGAGAAAGCUAGAGAGAAGACAUUGUCCGAUCAAUUUGAGGCCAAGAGAGCCAAGAACAAGGCUAGCCGUGAGAGAAAGUUUGCACGGCGUGAGGAACGUUUUGCUAAGGGCACUGUGGAGAAGGAAGCACCUGCUCAAGCAGCAGCAGCUCCCCAAACCCAAUCAGCCCCACAGGUAUCUAAAAAAUCAAAGAAGUGAAGCCCUGGACUUGUCUCUUGCUAGUUGGAGGCUUUACAUUAUGUUUUCUUAUCCUUGCCAUUUUUGUUGUUUUAUCAUUAAUAUUAGAAUAUUUGUGCUUUCCGGACUUGUGAAGUUUAUAACCAUGGUACCAUGUUUUUAUUCUAAAAAAAAAAAAAAAC